AUGACUUCUGUCAGCGGCUUCUAUAUCCCACCUGUAUCCCUAUUCGGUGAAGGCGCCAUCGAAGAGGCUGCCAAGCAAAUUCGUGAACAAGACUUCAAAAAUGUUCUUAUUGUGACAGACCCUGGUAUCGCCAAGAUCGGACUUUCAGGAACCGUGACGAAGAUCCUCGAAAAGCUCGGUCUCAAUGUGGCCAUCUACGAUCAGACUCAACCAAAUCCCAACGAAAGAAACGUCGAGGAUGGAUUGAAGGUUCUCAAAGAGCACAAUUCAGACGUUGUUGUUUCUAUUGGCGGUGGUUCUGCUCAUGACAAUGCCAAAGCAAUUGCUCUGGUGGCCACAAAUGGCGGCACCAUUGGAGACUAUGAGGGUGUCAAUCAAUCGAAAAAAAAUGGAUUGCCUUUGUAUGCUAUCAAUACUACUGCAGGAACUGCCUCUGAAAUGACGAGAUUUACCAUCAUCACGAAUGAAGCGAAAAAGACUAAGAUGGCCAUUAUCGACAAUCAUGUAACUCCGGCAGUUGCCAUCAACGACCCUGCAACCAUGUACGGCUUGCCUCCUAGUUUGACUGCCGCAACCGGGCUCGAUGCCCUGACCCACUGUAUCGAAGCCUACGUCUCCUCUGCGUCUAACCCUAUUACUGAUGCGUGUGCCCUAAAGGGAAUUGACCUGAUUCAGGAAAGCUUGGAAAAAGCUUUCCUCAGCGGGUCUGACAAGAAAGCGCGCACCGACAUGUGCUACGCCGAAUAUCUGGGUGGUAUGGCUUUCAACAAUGCUUCUCUCGGCUAUGUUCAUGCUCUUGCUCAUCAACUAGGCGGGUUUUACCAUCUCCCUCACGGCGUGUGCAAUGCCGUGCUGCUUCCCCACGUUCAAUACUUUAACAAGGCCGAUCCAGCCACCAAUAAGAGGCUAGCGGAUGUUGCUAUUCAUCUCGGUGCUAAAGAGCAAACAGCAGAUGCUGCGAUCGAAAAAGUAUUGGAGCUGUGCAGAGCGCUAAAGAUACCAAGAAACUUAGAGGAGCUAGGUGUCAAGAAGGAAGACUUUGAGGCAUUGGCCGAGCAUGCUAUGAAAGAUGCAUGUCACGCAACAAACCCAAUUCUUUUCGAAAAGAAGGAAGUUGUUGCCAUCUUGCAGCGCGCUUAUGAGUACUGA